UCCACAUUGUAUUCAGUGUGAUCAAAAUUGUCGGCUAUACACAUUACUAGCCAUUUUUGAUGGUUGAGACCAAGUCAAUUAGUCAACCAUCUACAAAUUUAAACUUAUUUUUCAAAAUAGCAUCGUUCAACAAAACACAUUAGAUGAGUUCUAAAUUUUUGGUGAAAUUCUCCAUUUAGAAAAUGAACAAAAAACACUCUUUGUUUAUCUCUUCUUCUCUGAUUUAUUCAUACUGCAUCACCAUCUUCUAUUUCCUCACCACAACCACUCUAUGCUAUGCUGUAGAUCCAUAUUUUGAAGCUUGUGAACCCAAAACAUGUGGAAACCAAACUAUAGCCUACCCUUUCUACAUCAAUGGAAUACAAGAACCCUUUUGUGGCUACCCUGGUUUUGGUCUCACUUGUGACAAUACUAUUGGUUUUCCAAUCCUUAAUCUUUCUAAUACCUUUUAUACAAUCAACCAAAUUUUCUAUCAGAAUCAUUCAUUUAGAGUGUCCAAUCCUAUGUUUUCAAGACCAGACACAAAAAAAGGUUGUCUUUCAUUUCCACCUACUCAAAACCUCAGUUUUCCUAAUAACAUGUUCUAUCUUGCACAUGAUCAAACCGAGGUAAGAUUAUUCUUCGGAUGCGACUCAUCAAAGCUACCGAGAAGUCUGCAAAGGAACAAAAUUGGUUGCUCUGCAGGAAACGAAACGAGUUCGGUUGUGGCAUUGUAUGCGGAUGAUAAAAAUGUAAGCUUUGUGUCGAAGAAUUGUAGGGAUGAGGUGGUUUAUGCGAGGGUGGAAAAUAGUGUGAAAGGAGAGAUUCAAGAGGCUCUGAGAAAAGGGUUUCGGAUGAAUUGGAUAGCCAGUGAUUGCAAGGAAUGUAACAGUACUGGAGGGAGGUGUGGCUUUGAUGCAGAUAUAUACAAUUUCAGAUGUUACUGUACUGAUAGAGUUCAUCCUGCAAAAUGCGAUCCAGUUGCAGUCGCAGAGAAAUCUCAGGUGGUGCAUAUAGUGACAAUAGUGGGCUCGGUGGCUGGAGUUGCAUCUGCCUUGCUGAUUGUCUUAGUCUGUUGGUUUAGAAAAAAAAUCUUCCCUCCCACAUUUCCUUUGUUCAAGAAGAAGAAUCCUACCCAUCAACUUAUUGAAAAGUUUUUGAAGGAGCAUGGACCUCUUUCUGCUGUUAGGUACAAUUAUUCAGAUAUCAAAAAAAUAACAAAUUCUUUCAAAAAUAUAUUAGGCAAAGGAGGGUACGGAAGUGUAUAUAAAGGAAAAUUACACGAUGAGCAUAAUGUUGCAGUGAAGAUUUUGAGUGAAUCAAAAGGUAAUGGUGAAGAUUUCAUUAAUGAAGUUGCUAGUAUUAGUAGAACUUCACAUGUCAACGUUGUUAGACUUUUGGGGUUCUGUUUGGAUGGUUCUAAAAAGGCGCUAAUAUACGAAUACAUGCCUAAUGGAUCUCUUGAGAAGUUCAUAUAUGAAGAGAAAAAUCCACCGCAAAAUGAUCUCCAAUUGGAUUGCAAAACAUUGUAUGAUAUUGCAAUUGGCGUUGCUCGUGGAUUAGAGUACUUGCAUAGAGGCUGCAACACUAGAAUCUUACAUUUUGACAUAAAGCCUCAUAAUAUAUUACUUGAUGAUGAUUUUUGUCCGAAAAUAUCUGAUUUUGGACUUUCUAAAAUAUGUCCAAAAAAAGAAAGCAUUGUUUCCGUAUUUGGCGCGAGAGGAACACCAGGUUAUAUUGCUCCAGAGUUGUUUUCAAGAAAUUUUGGUGAGGUGUCACAUAAAUCGGAUGUCUACAGCUAUGGAAUGAUGGUUUUAGAGAUGGUUGGACGAAGAAAAAACAUUAAGAUUGAAGUGGACUGUUCUAGCGAAUUAUAUUUUCCUCAUUGGAUUUAUAAGCGACUUGAGUUAAAUCAGGAUCUUGGAUUAAAUUGUAUUAAAAAUGAAAUGGAUGAAGAAAUGGUAAGAAAAAUGACAGUGGUGAGUUUAUGGUGCAUACAAACCAACCCUUUGAAUCGACCAUCGAUGCAUAAAGUGGUGGAAAUGUUGGAAGCAAACCUUCAAGUGUUGGAAAUGCCACCCAAACCAUUUUUGUCUUCUCCUUCAACAUCUCCAACUCAUUUAUCAUCUGAAAUAUUGUGAUUUGUUUGGAUAUUAAGAUGCAAUGCAAAGUAUGUAACAUUAAAUUAGAAUAUCAUGAUAAUUCACAUAUAAAUAAAAUGUUAUCUACUGUGUUGAUUUUA